AUGUGUGUGCCAUUUUCCUUGCCUUUGGGUAAAGCAGUUGGUGGUUCUCUGAUCACCCAACUGCUCCCACUCUUACUUGUCCUGCACAACCUCCACCCUUCACCCCCAACGAGCCAGGGCCCGUCAAGGCUCCUCCACCCUCACAAUGCCCAUCCGUAUUGUGGACUACACCUGGCGGCAGACUCCAGAGAGGGUGACACUGAUCCUGGACCUGCACCGCACCAGCCCCAAGAAUGUGGAUGUCGUCACCACCAGCUCCUACCUUAAGGUGAGCUUCCUGCCGUACAUUUGUGAGAUAUUCCUUUGCCACAUGAUCAAGGUGGACCAAAGCUCAGCACGCAUCCUGAAGGGUAACCUGGAACUGAGUCUGAUGAAGACUGAACCACAGCUGUGGAAGGAUGUUGGUCUGAAGCUCACCAAGGAGGAGAUGGAGUGCAGGAGGCAGGAAGCGUUAAAAGAUAUGGCAGAGGAAGAGAAAAGAAAAACUCAACAAAUAAAAGAGGGCUGCUGCAAACGGGAAAAAUUUGCUGUGUCACAGCAGAUCUUGGCAGAUGACCUGGUGAGAGCAGAGCGCAGCAGAAUGGUGGAGAGAGAGAAGGAGGAGUUCUUUCGAACGGGAGACCCUCAGGAGAGUGACAAGGAACAAGCAGGAACACAUCAUCCAGGAAGUUCGGUUCAAGAACCAAUAAACUGCACCAGCUCACAAGAUGGCAAGCCACAGGCGGAAGAGCCCAGCACCGAACCAUCAAGUGGCAUGGGCGUGCAGGCACAGCGAGGCAGGGCAAACAGCACCUGCUCUGAGGAGGGCACAGAGGCUACCCAAGAGGCUGACUAUGAUGGUGAUGGAGAGGACAGCAUCCACUACUCCUCCACUGAGAACCUCCACCAUGCGGAUGCCAAUAUGAAAUAUGACAAGCAGGAAGUUAAAAACCGCAAGCAGAAGAAGUCAAGUGCCAACCGCAAGACAGCGGUGAGGGAGAAGGAGAACAAGAAAAGAAACAACUUGCCAGCGGUGCCUCCCGUGCGAUCUGGGGGCACCAUCAGCGUCACACACACUCCGAGAGUCUUCCCGUCACCUGCCAGGGAGUCUACACACAUACAGGAGCAGCAGUGGCUGGAAGCUCAGACAGGUGGGCCCCCUGCACAACAGAGUACAGGAACCAACGUCUCAGAUUACACAGAGGAACAUUUCAAAAACAAGGCUGUGACAUUGUUCAAGAGUGGUGACUACCAGGGGUGUGCCAAUGCCUGCACCGAGGGUCUAAGGAUCAACCCGUCCUCGCCAGCCUUCUACAGUAACCGUGCCGCUGCUCAUCUGGCCCUCAAGAACAUGCACCACACAAUCAAGGACUGCUCUAAGGCCCUGGAGCUCCUUACCCCACCCACCCAAGACAACUGUAACUCCCGACUCUUGUGCCAUAUUCGGCGAGGCACAGCUCUUAUUCGUCUGUCCCUGUUGUCUGAGGGCCUGGCAGACUACCAGGCAGCACUGCAGCUCAACCCUGAGAACAAGGCACUGCGUAAGGACGUAGAGAGGAUCCAGAGCAUGCUGAUGGCCUCAACAGACUCUAAUGAAGACAGUGGCUGUGAGGAUGAAGGGGACAGAGGUGCAGGCAGCUCUAGCACAUAGGUGUUUUAUCUUUUAAUAUGCAGGGUCUACAUUGUUUUAGAUGAGUUUGUUAGGAGAGGAAUUUUUGUUGGGUGAGAGGUGUAAGGACUUCAUAAGAGAGGGUAAAGGAUCUCAGAGCAGAGGAUAGGAAUUGGUUUCAUCUGGGGUUUAAUUCAGGUAUUUAAAAGUAUUAUUGAUGGAGCCAAGGGUUAUGUUUAGGUGGCAGGGUUCCUAUCUUAGUGAAGAGACGAUAGUGGGAGGGGGCAUAGCAAGAAGGAUAUUAUCGUUGGGUAGGUUUAAGAGUGUGAGGGGAAUAUUUUGUUGACUUUGGAAAGAAAUUCAAUAAGGUAGUGUGAAUUAUUUAUGAAGAUUUUACUUUAACUUCUCAAUAUUUUAUCAUUCAUUAUUGUGUUUCCACCCUGACUCCUAAUUGUUUUUCCAAAUUGAUGUAUUGUUUUAGUCAAUAAGUGUUUCCAUAUACAGCUCUGAGUAGUGUUUUCUUUAUUAGAGAAAUUUGUUAUCAGAAGUGAAAAAGUUUGGAGUUGUACAAAAAUUAUGUUACAGAUUUUUUAUAUGGUUGUGAAAGUGAGAACAAAGUGGAAAUGGGUCCACACCAUUCUAAAGGUAUAACAGGUUUGCUAGAGACUUAACCAGUGUCUGAAACUGAAUCGUAUGUUUUAGUGACUACCACUCAAUUAAAAGUGGUUUCAUGUGUUUGCUGUAAUACUUUAAAAUGGUGACUUCUUAUGCUCCACCCAAAAAUCCAGACACCAUAAUCAUCAAUGAGCCAGCUUUCUGCAGAGGCAAGAUGGGGUGUCAAAAAUGGCUGUGUGAUCAUAUUGACAAGUUUCGUAUACAAGAAUAGCUGAAAAGGGAUGAGUCCCUAGCCACAACCUUUACUGUAAGAGCUACACCUAUUUUAGUCAACUUUUAUGAGAGUAAUGGAGUGUAAGAAUAUGUAUUCUCAAUAUUUUGUCCUUGGAUUCUAAAUAUAUGAGCAAGAGAAAGGAAACUCAUUUUAUGGGAAGCUAGAUUAUUUAUUUUGUCAAUAGUUCUAGUGAAUUCAAGAGUUGUGACUGGCUCGUGCAAUAAUUAAAGUAAGAACUUUCAGAGAUACACAAAAUGUUUGGAAUUUUACUUGAUAAAGACUCAGUUGAUAGUUUAUUUAACAUUUCAGUAGCUCACACUUUCAUUCUCUAUAGCAUGUUAAGCAUCUUGUAUUUAGAAGGCUUCAAAUUCAGUUCACUAAUUGUGUUUUUUGCCCCAAACAUUUGCAUUGAACCUUUUGUAAUGAACACUUGAGCACUUGUGUUCAGCACAUUGCCUGACUGCACAGAAUUGACACAGUAAGUAGGUUGCCUCGCUGACUAUGCUGUAACAUAUUUUCAGGCUGAGAGAAGGUUAAUGGAAAGUAUACCAUAAUGGUGUAAUUAUUUUUUAUUUAUUUAUACAUGUAUAUGAGAGGAAUCUUUUGAUGUACAAUUUAUGAAUGCAAAUAACUGCUGCUAAAAAUUGCUUGUCAGCGUAGUCAUUAGGAGGAAAAGAUCAUAAGUGAAACUUUACAGGAAUAAGUCAUUUUUAGUCAACUUUCAUGUAACAGAAGAGAGAUCAAAUUUUAUGGUGAAAGUGGUGAUGUUGAUUAAUUCUUGGAAUAGAUAAUCAGAUCAGUAGAGCUAAAUAACUGCCUUUCAUUUUCACUUAAAUUAAGACAUACAACUGAAUAGUAAAAUUUUCAAUAUGGAAAGAGGUUUAGGCAACAAGUGUAUAGGAAAAAUGUGGAUUAUCGAAGGAACACAUUCUGCAUAUGACUCGACUAUGCACGACUCCCUUGUGUAGUUUUUGUAUGUUUAUAUAUAGGAUAAGAUAUCUACCUCGAAGAUGUUGCUUCUUCCUUGGUGAGCAGAAGAGUAGCCGAGUGUUCAGCAACCAAAGACAUGCUAAAGAAAUACAUAGAAUUGCCAUGCACCAUAGCCAACCCAUGUUUGUUCCCUCUAGUCCAGGUGAGGCUUGCAAGAUUCAGUUGAUGAAAGGGAUCAACAUAUACCUAGUCUGUCCCUCAUGAUGUUGCAGUCCUUUUUUCUUUAGCUUGACUUAAUGGGUGACCAAAGGACUGAAACAACAUAUAUUCCUGUAUUUCAUAAAGUAUGUUACACUUUUUUACAUGGUCUGUAAAAUGCCCAUGACCCUCCUUAAAUGCACAAUAAGUAUAUCUCCAACAAACAAUUUUGUGCAAUGUCAAUGAAUCCUUUAUUACAAACAGGAUGUGCAUGUAGUUCUAUAUUAUAUUUUUUUACACACACACACACACACACACACACGAGUUGUAUUUUAAUUUAGUUGACACUUGGCAGCAAGCAGCCCCUUCUCAGCAAACUGUAUUCAUGUCACAUCUGUAUUGUUGUGCAUUUAUUACUGUACUUCAAUGUGUGUGUGCAGUAAGUUUCAUUCCAUUUAAUUUGAGGACAACCUGAUAUUACACUGUAAUGUAUGACAAUGUUGGAAGGCUAGCAACCUGAUGAUUAGUUCCACACCCAACACAAUGUGAUAUUAUUGCUUCUUUGAUAUCCUGCCCAAUUUGUAAUGAGCUGUUUUCUUAUGUGAAUGAAAGUAUAAUGAACACCUCCAACGAGACUGAGCAUGAAUAGCCUGUAUCUCAAACAUAGUCAUACAUGACAUAGUUCUCAUACAUGACAUAGUUCUCAAAGUUCCAGUUUAAACAUGCUCAUAUUGUUAUGCUCACACAUGUAGAAUUCUCUUUUUUUAAUUUUGUAGCUAAUUGUUUAGUAUUUUAGUUCAAACCAUUCUUUGUAUUAUGUGCACCACAAGAUAUUUUUUUUCUGAGCUACUUAUCCAGUUUUUAUCAUGCAGCAUACUACAGGCUUGUGGACCUGCAGUGGUUUAGUCUUACCCAAACACCCAGAUUACUGGUAACAGUGUGCAACCCAGCUCCUCAGGAAGGCAGAUGAGCAAUUGCUUGGCACUGCUUUGUGAUUAGAUGCUGAUGUCCUCUCCAUCAGUAUUCAGUAGCAUGUUGGUUUCAAGGCAUAGCAGCAUCCUGCCUCUCCCAACUUGGUGGCAGCAAUCCUCAUGAGAGGUUGUGACAUUUACAGUCAGUGUUCAAGUACAUUUAAGACAGUAGGAUGAGGAGUGAUGUAAAGUCAGUGUCAUGAACAUACUAUUAUUAUAAAAACACUGAAAAAAGAUGUUUAUAUUUUAACUCACUAGUCCUAAUUUAGAAAACAAAGACAUUUUAUGCAUUACAAAAACAGCUACAAUAACUCAUGACAAUAGCCAGCAAAUUUUGUUAACACUAAAACUGAACAUGGAAAUGUCCAGUAUAAUGGUAAUUAAAGCUUUAUUUCAGCAUAA